ACGCAGCCCAGCCCAGGAUGCAGAGUUUCCUGAAGCUGCUGCGGGAGAGUGGAGGCACCAGGCCAUCUGUGGAGGAUCUGGUGAGCUUCGCGGGCAUGCUGUGCCGGGACCUGCAGGACGACCUCACCCAGGCACAGCCCUUGGUCACGGCCGUGCUGGAGAGCCAGCUCCGCCUGUACCUCCUGGGCAACAAGGACGUGGCGCUGGUGUGCGCCCGCGUGCUGGCCCAGCAGGAGCAGCACGAGGCCGCCUGCCGGCUGUUGGAGGGAUGCUGGGUGCCAGGAGGCAGUCAGGAGCUGGUGCAGCUCUGGAAUGACAUUCACUACCAUUUGGUCAUGAAGAGGCGGGGCUUGGACACGCUGACCUCAGUGCAGAAGUUCCGCUGCAGGAAGAGGAACCCGCCACCCCCCUCCCUCUGCCCUGAGGGACUGAAGAGCCGCAACUUCCCCAGGGAGGUUCGCCAGAAGUUGAAGAACUUCGCCUCGGGUGUGAGCAGCAGCCCCAGCAAGGCCGAGCGGGAGGCCCUGGCUGUGGAGACCAGCCUCACCGUGGAGCAGGUCUACAACUGGUUCGCCAAUUACCGCCGGCGCCAGAGGGCGGGUCUCCAGUGUUUGGAGCCGCAGCCCUCAGGCCACCGCCACCCCGGCUUCGUGGGUGGGCACCCACCUCAGUGGGCAGGAGGUGAGGAGAAUGGGCCAGCUCGAACCCUGGUGACUACUCAAGGGCUUUGGCAGCCUCCGGCCCUGGCCUUGGACGUUUCUGGAGACGGGACAAUGCCCGAAUCACUGACUCCCAGGUACUGUCAUUCCCACGGUCUGUUCUCCUUGUUUAGCUUCCCCACCGUCAGCAGGAUACCAGGGGGGAAUGAGCAUGGGCGUGCUGGGCCAGCUGGGACCAGGUCUGCGAGGGCUGUGGCCACAGGAGUGCGGGCGCUCUUGCCAGGAGCCCAGGUCAGGGACCCUGCACUUGGCGGUGAGAUGUAUCCGGAGGGGCCUGGCCGUGACCCAUCCACUCUCCCCGCCGUCUACCCUGACCCUGGCUUCGCUGGGCUGGCUGCCCGCAGCGACUUGCUGGACCCUUCAGCUGCGCCCAAGCCCUGGCUGGUGUCCCUCACACUGGCGUCCUCCAGGGACGCUUCCGUUCAGACUGAACAGCUGGUGCACAGUCACGGGCUGCACUUCUGGAUGCCCCCUUCGGACACUUCUAUGUCGGUGUCCAUUUCCACGGUUGCCGAGCCCAGCUCCACAGCCCGUCCCUUCUGCAUGACCUUCUCGCUGCACGUGUCCUCCAUGAGCCACUCUGGUGCACUAUCCCCCCCCCGCCCCCGAGCCAUGUGCUUGUCGUGUCCCAUGGGCCCCUUUGGUCGCUGUGCCCUGAGGUCCCUCAGGGAGGAGAUGGGUCUGAGGGUCUGGCCCACGGGGAGCUCCUGCCUCCCGGAGCUGGCUCCUACCCCGUCGACCUUUCCCGGGCCUGUGCCUGCUGGGCAGCUGAGCGAGCCCCUGCCGUCCAACCAGGUGCCGUGGUCUGACAGCCAGGCCUCCAGCGAUGCCUUCUGGGUGGCCAGGAUGCUCCUUGAGCUUUCGGGGGGCAACAUGGGCUGAGCUGCCCCCGGGAGCCAGGCCAGCAUCUCAGGGAAGACGGGUGUGGACAUUCGACCGUUCAGUACAAGUUCCAGAACCUCAUCCUGAUGAAGAGAGGAGGUUCCCGCGUUCCCUGGGGGCUCUGCUGGGAGGUGUGUGCGUCCCUGGUCCACGCCAUGUUUAUGCAGUUGUUUGGCAGCUCCCGAUGUUGGAGGAAGCGUUUGAGAAAUGUUUAUGGAUCCCCAGUCGAAGGGGUGUGUUCCACUCAGGCCAUGGCAGACGCUAGGGCCACCCCUGAGCAGUUGUGGGCAGGAGACUGUUCCCCUGCCGGCCACCCUCCUGCCCGCCCUGCGCCAGGCCAGACUCCCCGUGGUGAGUGGGAUGUGAAAGCGUGUUGUCAAUUCUGUGCCUGUGGUGCUUCUCCAAGUGGCGUGGGGUGUCCCAGGAGGGUGGCGGGUGCCUUUCAGUCUAAGCUUGUAAUCCGUUAUGUUUGCCACAUGUUCUGUUCAAUUACAUUAAAGUUUUAUGCUCUGGACGCCUUG